AUGGAUUCGAAGGUGUUUCUUGCGGAGAAUGUUCUCAAUGAGCGCCGGCCUGUUACCUAUCGGUCAUUGAGUCGCGCGCUCAAAGUCCACGCCAACCGGGCCAAACAAAUCCUUUUCGAAUUUCAUCGCAAUGAGAAUGCGAAAAAGCCAGCGACUGUUCACGCGACCUACGUCAUCUCCGGCAUCCAAAAAAUACCAGAACCAGCACCUACGAAUGGCGAUGCAAUUGAUGAGGACGAGGUCAUGGGAAGUAGCCCAUACCUUCCCAGCUCGAUGCCAAACCAGGGAGACACGUCCGACUCGGUCACCACUGCUUCGAUUGUCUUAGUGCGCGAAGAAGAUUUAGAAGAUGCCAAAGCAACAUUCCAGUCGAUAUCUAUGAUCCAUGUCUACAGUCUUGAGCCCGCAGCCUUACCGGACUUGAAUGUGCUAGUUGACGCCAGCCGGGAGAGCGCCAUUACACACGCGCAAGACGACCCAUUGGAGUGUGGAAAGCAAUGGGGCAUGAUUCAGAAUCGUAAUGUCAAGCGGAGAACCGGCGCACGCCCACCACCAGCCCCGGCUGCGAAAGCCCCGGCUGUUAAAUCUAAACCCUCCACAGAGCCAACCGUGCUUGCGAAACGACCAUCUCAAAAGGAGGCUCCCCCUGCAAAGGCGGAAGCUGUCAAGCCCGAGGAGACAAAGUCUCAAUCAUCCUCUGCGGCCGACUCUAAGACCUCUCAGGCCUCCUCGAAGGCCUCUGCUAAACCAGCUCCGAAGAAAGGCAGCCUUUUCAGCUCAUUUGCCAAGGCCAAACCAAAAUCUAAGGCCGCCGCUCCUGAGCCGGCUGCGCAAGAUGUGGUGCUUGACGAUGCUUCCGAGGAAGAAGCCGAGGAGCUCUUCCCUAACAGCACUGACAGCACUGACAAAGCUGCCGAGGCAAACCGAGCCAGCAGAAAAGAGCGCGAGGAAAGACUUAAGAAGAUGAUGGACGAUGACGAAGCAGACGAUGAAGAAAUGCCUGACGCCGACGAAGAGCCUGAGCGGGAAAUCACCCCCGUUGAAGCACCGCCACCAAUCAAGCCAGCAGAACUCAAAGAAGAAGUGACAGUCAACGGCGGCAGGCGACGAGGCAAGCGACAGGUCAUGAAGAAAACCACAGUUAAGGACGAAGAAGGGUUCUUAGUAACUCGGGAAGAGCCGACGUGGGAGUCUUUCUCCGAAGAUGAACCGGCGCCCAAAAAACCAGCGGUCAAUGUCCCCAAGGGCAAGGCAAGCAAGCCCCAGGCACAAGGCCAGGGUAACAUCAUGUCGUUCUUUGGAAAGAAGUGA